ACAGCUAUUGAUCGGCCUUAGCAACACCACUAGAUAGUAAUCUUACAGGCAAUAUAAUAUUGGCCAGAUUAAAUUGAGUUAUCUUAUGAGACAUGAGAGGAAAAGGUGGGAAAAAGAAGGUAUCCAAUCGGAGAACCAAGUCGCAAAGAGCUGGUUUAUUAUUCUCCGUUGGGAGGAUAGAAAAGAAGAUGAGAAAAUAUUAUGGUAAAAAAUUCAGACUAUCUUCUUCAAUGCCAGUUUACACUGCAGCUGUUAUUGAAUACUUAAACGCGGAAGUUCUAGAAUUAGCCGGGAAUUGUUGUAAAGAAAUGAAGAAAAAGAUUAUCACUCCUAGACAUUUAUUUUUAGCUAUUGCACACGAUUUUGAACUUGACUUACUAUUGAAGAAUGUUACCAUUUCCUCUGGAGGUGUUCUACCGAAGAUUCUCCCAAGUUUAAUAAAACCUAAUGAUGGCCGAAAGGUACAUAAUUUGAAUGGUAAGGCCGCUGCUCCUUCUUCGGCAGUAAAAGUCAAACAAUUAUUUGGAACAUCUACUGUUCCUCUGAAGAGGAAGGUGACAGGAACAUUACCAGCGACCACCUCUCCAUCGUCUCCUCGUAUAUCUCUUUCGAAAAAAGCAACAACGCUACUGAAGAAACAAACUUCAAAUAAGAAAAAACAGGACGCCAAUAUAACGAUACUUAGAGAGAAAAGAUUAGGAGGAGGUCAGCGAUUAAGCGUCGUUAGCGGUGACAUAUUGGAUGUUAAGGCUGACGCCUUAAUAAAUCCAACUAACGCCAAACUCUACAUGGGUGGUCAAGUUGGUACUGCUAUUAGUAAGAAAGGGGGACCAACUCUUCGAAGGACCAUGUCUGAUUUAAGAAAAUCUCAUGGUCAAUUAACUCUAACAGACGCAGUUAUAAGCCCCCUUGAUGAUAAUAUCCGUUUAAUUCACUGUCAUGGUCCAACGUGGUCUGCAUCUGGUGAUGAUUGUUCAGAACAGUUAAAGUCAACCAUAUUUUCGUGUUUAAAAGUUGCAGAAGAGAAUGAAGUUAAAUCGAUUGCUUUUCCAUCUGUAGGAAGUGGAAAAGCCGGAAUUCCUAAACAAAUGGCUGCAGAAACUAUACUAGCAGCAAUAAAUGAAUAUUUCGCUAGUAAUGAAGAUUCAGGAAUAGAAGAGAUAUACUUUGUACUGUUCGAUGAAGAAAGUCAAGCUUGUUAUAUGUAUGAACUGGGUAGAUUAUAA